GCGGAUUUAGAAGGGGACGGGCUGUGAGUAAUGGAUGCCUUCAUCUUACGCCGUAUGCAUGGUGCAGGGUACCCUUCUCCCACCGCAGAAAUGGCAGAGAUGAACCGCAUGCAGUACGAGAUUGAUUACACAGAAGGGAUCAGCCAGAGGAUGAGGGUCCCAGAAAAGCUCAAAGUGGCUCCAAGCAGCAUGGGACAGGAGCCCACGUCUCAGCAAGGCAUAUCUGCCCCCGGUGUCAUUAUGCAUGUCCCUGAGAGGAUUGUGGUGGCAGGUCACAGCGAGGAAGCAUCCUUCUCCAGGCCUCCAGACCUGGACCUUAUCCAGACCACCCCUUUUGAGCUCCUGGCAUUAAAGACACCUCCACGGGUCCUGACUUUAAGUGAAAGGCCACUAGAUUUUCUUGAUUUAGAGAGACUUACACCGGCCACUCCUCAGAACGAAGAGCUGCGCAGCAUCGGGCGUCUGAAGAGGGAGAGAUCUGCAAGCGAGAACAUGGCUCGGCAGAACGGGCAGCUGGUCAGACAUGAUUCCAUCCCGACUCCACCUGCCCCCACCAGCCGUCCGGUCCCCGCUCCUGUGCCCCCAGCAGAUGGAGCAGACCUUUUCUCUGCCCGUGGCAUUCUGUCGCUCAUCCAAACCUCUACCCGCAGGGCUUAUCAGCAGGUCCUCGAUGUGCUGGAUGACAACCACAGGCCGAUCUUGCGUGGAGGGUCUGCGGCCUCUGCUCCUACUGUCCAUCACGAUAAUGUCAGGUAUGCUGUCUCGGCAUUAGAUUCCACUCUAGAAGGCACCCCAGAUGACUUGAAUUCAGUGGAUGCUACGUCUCUAAGGCGACAGAUAAUAAAAUUGAACAGACGCCUCCUCCUUCUGGAAGAGGAGAACAAAGACCGGGCCAAGCGUGAGAUGAUCAUGUAUUCCAUUACCGUGGCCUUCUGGCUUCUCAACAGUUGGUUCUGGUUCAGACGUUAAGAACUUCCAGCCCCCUCCGCUACUCGAGAUAGACUUGGACCCAGCAAAGCUUAUGAUGCCAUCACCUUGUGUGGAUGGUGGUGGGAUUCUAGGUUUACAGCACAGAAUAUCAGCCAGCUCCAAAACAAAAGGGGACACACACACUUAAGCCGAUUCAAAAGACACCAUUCCUUUUCUUUUAGCCUUCUAGCUUUACAGGCCUGCUUAAAAUACAUUGCAGACACUCCUGGCUGUGGGAAGCAUCAAUGUUUCUUAAUGCUUAGGCAAGUGAAACGCCCCAUUGAAGACUGACCAAGCCCAGCAUUAAAGCACCCGACAUAUAGAAAUCCCCAAAUAGUUUCUUAUAUGUAUUUCCAUUGGUCUGCCAGAUGAGAGAGUGGUUGUGUGACGUAACAGCAAGGCAGUGUAAUGAAGGUUGAGCAGAAGAAUGGUAAUGAAAAUGUUUAGUAAUAAAACCUUAUUUGAGCAA